GAGGAUGAGUGUGUCUUUACCUGACUGGUGAACUCCAGGAUCUCAGCAGUGUAGACCGUCUGGCUGAAGGUGGGAGGUACGGGAGCAACAUGAACAGUCACCACUGCCGAGUCAAUCAAGGGAGGAACUCCAAAGUCCUGAGACUGCAGUGUCAAGUGUAGCAUCACUGAAUUGGGGAGCAUCGUUGAUAUCCAGCACCUCCACAUUCACAAACAGGUCAUUUGAGGACAGGUCCACUCCGUACACGACUGUCUCUCCUCCGAGACCCCUCGCUUUAGUCGCUAUCACCUCAUCUCCUGCAGGGGUCUUUCGCUGAUGCCAAUGCUGACUGUGUUGCUGGAAAGAAGUGGCUCAAACUGGGGAACAACUGAGGGCAUACAGAAAACAUCCACAAUUUUUCACAAAUCCUUCCCAGAGACAGGGCUAUAUCGAGGAGAAUGUGGGAGCGGAUGCUCUUGUACGAUCUUUCGUAUCAUCUGAUGCCGGACCUAUCGACCUUUCAGUCACUGAUCCAGAUGGUGGUGGUUUCGAAUACUCCAUUACUCCUGCUGGUGGCAAGUUUGGUAUCAAUGGAGAUUCAAAGCUGGUGGUUAUGUCUUCUCUGGACAGAGAGAAUACUGAUGAACAAACUAUCACGCUGAUGGUUCAGUUGAUGUACUCUGGUCAAGUGUCAACUUCCAGCAUCGUGAUCGUGGUGACUGUGCUUGAUGUCAAUGACAACGAACCAGUCUACACUCCGGGUAUCGUAAAUCCUAUCAAUGAGUAUGCUCUACUUGUUGGCUUCACCAUCACUCUAUUGGACGUCACCGAUUUAGAUGAGGGAACUAACGGUCAACUCACCUACGAAGUUGUCACACCUGCUGAUCUGGUCGGUGUGAAUCCUUUUGGGAGAGUAUUUCUGCGAGCUCCCGUUGGUAGUGUCGAUCGAGACACUAACAUUGCUAUCACAGUUCGUGUUUCAGAUGGAGGAGACCCAGCAAGGCAAAUCAGCAUUUCUUUAACCCUCACGGUGUUGAAUUCUCUAGAGCUGCCUCCACAAUUCUCACUAAACGAAUACAUUGCAAAUAUCGACGAGGCGACCUAUUCAACACCGGUUGAUAUUAUUACUGUCAUGGCAACACGACACAGCUUCGGCGCUAGUGGAACCAACCCUAUCCGCUACGCAUCUAUUGAUACUCCUACCGGCUUUGAUAUUAACAGAGUGUCUGGAAGAGUCACAUUUCAGGGUACCUUGGAUCGAGAAACGCAGCCAAUAAUAUACCUGACCGUGACAGCAAUAGAAGUGAGCGCAGACGACGAGACGGUGCAAGCCAGUCUUACAGGAUACUCCCGUGUCCAAGUGGCACUCGGAGAUAUAAACGAUAACAACCCAAUUUUUUUCAACUAUGUUGGUUUGUCAGGUACUCAGGAUAAUCCAUACCGAGCCGUUGUGUCUGAGGCAGUUGCCCUGGGGCACAUUGUAGUAAGCGAUGCAGAAGCUUUUGAUCCUGAUGAGGGGUCAAACAGUGAGUUUACCUAUUCAAUAAUGGAAACUGGUGUGGAAUUGCCAUUCGCAAUCGACUCUAACACAGGAAUCAUCACCACGGAUACAUUACUCGACUACGAGGGGACUCAAACAUACACAUUCACAAUUCUAGCCACGGAGACGGUAGAUGGUAACCACGUUGGCUCGGCAACUGUCAUUGUAGACAUUACAAAUGUCAACGACAAUUCCCCAGUCUUCCCGGCCUCAUUUUAUCUGCUCGAGGUCAACGAGGGACCACCCUCUCAGGAUCCUCUCACGGCUACAGCCACUGUGAAUACAGCUAUGAUUACCACCACUGCUAUCGCUGCGAUUGACAAUGAUCGUGAUAACUUUGGUGAAGUCACGUACGCUCUGGUCUCAGCUGAUGGCACUAAUUUUUUUUCUGUGAGUCAAACAAUCGGUGAGAUCUUUGUCACGGCUGAGCUGGACCGAGAGAUGAGGGACGCAUACCACCUGACUCUAGUUGCUACUGACGACGGGGGCCUGAGUGCCACUACACUGAUCGUUAUCACCGUACUGGAUGUCAAUGAUAAUACGCCAACCUUCCGCCCUGCUGUGUUCACUCUUGUGCUUAUUGAGUCCAUUGACUAUUCAAGUGCUCUCACUGUGUUUGCUACUGAUGGUGACCAGCCUGGCACAGUCAACUCCAUGCUCUCUUACUCUAUAUCUCCCACCACCAACUUUGGUAUCCAAUCAUCAACUGGUGUCAUCAAUGCGUUCGAGUUGGAUUGUGAGACAGCCAUGACUCACACCCUCAUUGUCACGGCAACGGACGCUGGGACUUCGCCUUUGACAGGUUCUGCUACCAUUAAUGUCAGGCUACAGUGUCGGAACGAACUUGGACCAGUAUUCAAUAGUGCGCCAUAUUCAGCUACAAUCUCCGAGUCCCUCGCCAUAGGACAACCCAUAGGAGCGACAGCCAUGGCAACAGACCCUGAGGGCCACUCGGUAUUUUAUGCCAUAUCUCCCGCUCUCCCAGAUGGAGCAUUCUUCAACAUUGACGAGACGUCAGGUGUGAUAAGCCUGGCUCUUGCAGUCGACCGCGACCCUCCCAGCUCUCAGGAACAACUCAUGAUUGAGAUAUAUGCACGGGAUGAUGCAGAGCCUCCUCAAACUGCCUCCACCACUGUCACCAUCAUCGUGGAUAAUUCCAACGACAACACUCCGAUAAUUACCAACCCCCCAGCACGAGACCCUAUUGUGCUAUCAAUCCUCGAGGCUGAUGGACCAGGGGUUUUCCCCUAUGCUCUCUUCACUGUUGACGCAAGUGACUUGGACACUGCCGCUGGUGACUCCAUCACCUUCUCUCUGACCGGCUCCACUCACUUCUCAAUUAACCAGGAUGGUAUUGUAUCACAUGCCACGGCGUUGGACCGUGAAACAAGUGCCACUGAGCAGUUCACCAUAUCAGCUUGUGACAGCGGAGCUAUAGCUAUGUGCGACACUGUUGAUAUGACAAUCAACGUUUUGGACUACAACGACAAUGCACCCGUUUUUAUUGGGGAACCUUAUACUGCAACCGUCACUGAGUGUGAUGCCAGGGCUCGAACGUCAGUGGUCCAAGUGACGGCUGUCGAUAACAUGGACAUUGGACCAAAUCGGGACAUAGACUACCAGCUGGUGUCAGGCAGUGGGUUCACUGUGGACCGGUCGACUGGGGUGGUGUACACGGAGGGGAACAGCUUUGACUUUGAGAGUGGGAUGACCUCUUUCUCAGUGACAAUCAGAGCCACUGACAACCCCUCUGGAUCACCGCAGCUGCAGGACGAGACCACGCUCACUGUGACUCUAACCGACUGCAAUGACAACGCUCCUAUGUUUAGUAGCGAUGGCCGCUACACUGUUACCGUGGCAGACGGCUCUAUGCCAGCUGCCAACCCUAUCUUCACAGGCAUAUUGGUUAAUGAUCUGGACACUACUGGUACAUUUCAAACUGUAACGUACGCCAUUGAUGGUGGACCGGCUCAAACUAAUAACUGGAUUGACAUUGACCCCUCUACGGGUCAUCUAAACAUCAUACCUGGGCAGACGAUUAACAGAGAGGACAGUGCUCUCCAAAUAGACAGCAAUGGGAAUGGAAUCAUGGUGUUCAGCAUCAUUGCUACCAACACUGCUCCAGGACCUUUCAGCACCAUGCUCUCAGACUCAGCUGUGAUCACCGUGGUAGUGGAGGAUGUCAACGAUAACGAUCCAAUAUUUCAGAAUACCAAUCCCUUGCAAGUGUUCAUUGUUGAGAAUGCCGUUGACACCUCGAUUGUUGCCGUGGUAGCAGCCACUGAUGCAGACACAGGGACUAAUGCUCACAUCCGUUACACAAUCACAUCUGGGAACGACGGCACGUUUCAACUGGACGCUGAGACUGGUCACCUGACUGUCGCUAUCCAGGCCAACCUGGACCGUGAGACCAACACCGAUUACACCCUGAUGGUCCAGGCAGAGAAUGACCUAGCCGCUGGUGGCACACCCGCUACUCUGACGAUUGCAAUCUCUGUGACUGGGACCAACGACCAUAGCCCCAUCUUUGGAGAAACUCAAUAUGUUGCCACUUUGGCCGAGAGGAAUGAAAUUACCAUGGUGACGGUUACGGUUGGUGCUCCUGUCGACACGGUACUUGCCACGGACCAGGAUGAGCCAAACACGGCAGCUGGUAUGAUAGAGUACAGGAUACUCACUGGAAACAUGCUCAAUGAAGUGACUGUCUUUGAUAUUCCUGACCCUAUUCAAGGAGCUGUGAUAGUUCUGAGGCCGGAUCUGUUGAACUACGAGGAGAGGACUCAGUGGGACCUGGUCAUCGAGGCCUAUGAUCUAGUGUCUCCCAUCACAGAGAGAAGACAGGACUCCACUCACCUGAUAAUCAACAUCAUAGAUUUGAACGACAACAUCCCGAUGUUUACUCAACCCUCCUACAGUGCCACUAUCGUGGAGACCGACACUGUAGCAAUGUUGUUUCCGUCAAUCAGAGCGACAGACUUGGAUGCCGGUGGCAACGACCCUCUGGAAUACUUCCUCGAGAGCGGCAUUCCGUUUACUAUUUCCGCAGACGGUACCUCUCUUACAGCCACUCAGCCCAUCGAUCGUGAGACUAUCCCAUCUUUCAACUCCGUUAUCAGAGUGCAAGAUGGCUCAGGGAACACAGCGCUCGCCGACCUAAUAGUCGAGGUGAUCGAUAUCAACGAUAAUGCACCGAGAUUCUUGCUUACUGCUGAGGAACUAGCUAUCAAUAUCCCAGAGAAUUUGAAUAUAUUUCCACACCCGGAUAGUCUUAUUAGAACGGUGGAAGCCGUGGACGAUGAUGAAGGCGAUAAUGCAAGAAUUACAUAUCGUUUAUCGGGAGGACGUGGGAAUUUCGAUAUUACUCAGUCAACAGGUGUGGUUCGACUAAUUGUUCCGUUGGAUAGAGACACAAUAGCCAGUCGCUACAUUCUCAACGUGACGGCAACAGAUGGAUUGCAUACCAGCUGGCGUGCUUUUACAGCAAAUAUUGAAAACAUCAAUGAUAAUAAUCCUGAAUUCUUACAGGCCGUAUGGGAGGGUACUCUUGCAGAAGAUGCACCAAUCGGAUCGACCCUACUAUCGGUAGAUAUGAGCACUCAAUUACCCACCUUUUUACGACUUAUGGCUGAAGAUUUGGAUCCGGAAUCGAACGUUACGUAUAAACUAUCACCGACUGAUGUCCCACCAAACCUCCCAUUCCGCGUCACCUUCGAUGGCUAUAUAGUGACAACUGCCGCUCUAGAUAGAGAGCAGCAGGAGCGACAUUCUUUCGCGGUGCAAGCCACAGAUGGAUUCCGUAUUGCCCUAACGGAGGCUAUAGUGGAGGUAGUUAUCGGAGAUGUGAACGACGAGAGUCCGCAAUUUCAGCAGCCGAGCUAUGAGGUCGAUGUGUACGAGUUGACGCCCAGAGAUGCUAUAUUCCUCAUCCUGCAAGCUAAUGAUGCCGAUGCUGGUACUAAUUCUGAGAUCACCUAUCGCAUCGCAACGGACCAGGGUGGCAAUACUAUUCAGUUCGCUAUCGAUAUGACAACAGGUGCACUCUCCCCAACUGAAGUAGUCAAUAUUGGCGGAUCUAUAGAUACGACGAUCGUCCUUAUGGUUGAAGCCUCUGAUAUGGGAACACCCUCUGUAAUGCGUACAACUGUAAACGUGCAACUGACUCUGGUGGACAGGAACUUGGAGGCACCUGCUUUCACAGAGAUUUUGUAUACAUUUUCUGCGGCUGAGAAUGUUGAUAAUGUCCCUGUAGGCACAGUGGUUGCCAUGGAUUCGACGGGUGAUCAGGACGCUGUCAUUACUUACAGCAUAGUCAGUGGACAUAAUCUGUUUGUCAUCGAUACUGCAACAGGUUUCAUCCGUUCAGUAGUUCCGUUGGACCGAGAGGGAAGAGAUCUCUACACGUUCACCAUCUCGGCAGUAGACAGUGCAGCUCAGCCUAGAACUGGGUUCACUACCGUUGUGGUUUCGGUGGAGGAUAUAAACGACAACGAACCUUUCUUUGACCCUGAAUCGUACCCGGUAUUUGUGUCAGAGAACACCCAGAUAGGAACCACGGUGGUCCGAGUGAUGGCCUUCGAUAUCGAUGCAGGUACCAACGCUGAACUCACUUACAGCAUAUUCACACAAAGCCCCGGAGAUAUUCCAGUGUUUGAGAUCAACCAGAUGGGAGAGAUUACGACGCUAGUGGAUAUCGACCGAGAGGUGGUGGGCGUGUACAACCUGGUGGUCCAGGUCACUGACAGCAGCGUCAACCCACAGACUACACAAACUGACGUCAUGAUAACCAUCAACGAUGUCAAUGACAACACACCAAGAUUUGUGUCUGGAGCUGUGCUCUCUGGCACCCCCGUGGAAAUACCAGAGGAUGCCGAGCCUGGGACCCUGGUCACUACACUCCAGGCAGAGGAUCCGGACUUUCAGCUGAAUGGGAUUGUGGGAUACUAUUUUGAUAAUCUGGCUCGGACACUAGGUCCGUUCCAGAUCGACCGUGACACUGGGGAAAUAACACUGAGGCCAGGCAUGGAUGGGGAACUGGACAGAGAGAUAGACAACUUGUAUGAACUGCGAGUGAUAGCGGCUGACCUGAGGGGUCUCGGUGAUACCAGUCGCUCUGUCUCAGGAGUGGUGAGAGUACAAGUGUUGGACAUCAACGACAACCUACCUACCUUUCUUGACCCGCUGUACGAGUUUGCUAUUUUGGAGUCCUAUCCCCUGAAUACCCCCUAUGGAGCAGUGGUGGGCACUGAUCUCGACGUCGGAAUAAACGCUGAACUCAACUAUUUCUUCAUCGGAGAUGAUAACAGAGACAAUUCGUCUUGUUCCAACCAGUUCUGUGUUGAUCGGUUGACUGGAGAAUUAAUACUCGUCAAAACUUUGGAUCACGAGGCCUCUGAGUCCCACCUCCUGACUCUGGCCGUCACCAACUCACCCAUCCUUGAAUUCAACGAAACGACAGGAAUGCCCAUUGCUGCCACCACUGGGACACUGUCGGUGACUGUCAUUGAUGCCAAUGACAAUAGCCCUGUGUUCGUACAGUCCACUCUGUUUGCAGCUGUCGCUGAGGAAGCUCAGUUUGGAACCACCAUCACAACGGUUGAGGCAAUUGAUUCGGACAGCCUGAAUGGGAGCAUUGUGUGGUUCGAGGUAGUGACCCCCCAAGUGCCGUACCUGGUGGACCGUGACACGGGUGUAGUUACCACGGCCGGUGUAUUCUCCGGACUCAGCGGUACACGACAGGAGGUCACAAUGAGAGCAUACGACAACUUUGGACAAGUACCUACAUUCUCGUCCAUGGGAAUCAUGAUCGUGCAAGUAUACAAACAGACGGAACUGGUGAUCAUAACCUUCUCUAGGGACAAGGAGGUGGUGGAGGCAAAAAUAGGCAGGAUCAUGGCAGCUCUUGAGGAAGUGACUAGUGCUCGGAUCACCAUCACAGAGGUCAGGGUGGAGGUCACUGAUGCAGGGGAGGUCGACAUCUCAGGGACUGACGUACUGUUCUUCACCCUUGAUCCCGAUUCUGGUAAUGUGAUUAACCCAUCCAUUAUUGUCAGAAGGAUUGAUCAGAACUACCCGAUACUGGAUAAUGCCUUGUCCGAUUGCAAAGUGGAGAGAAUCAGGGCAUUUAAUUCUAUGGCUGCCACGUCUCCCGUCCCAGUGUGGUUGUGGGUGGUCCUGGCUAUCCUGGCUGCAGGUGUACUCUGUAUGUGCUGCUGCUUCCUCAUUGGCUGCGUCGUCGAGAGGAGGAGGAGUCGAAGAUGGAAGAAGAAAGCCACACAGAGUGUUGAUCAGUACGCUACUGUGGACUACAGUGCCUUCAACAACCCUCUCUGGGUCUCGCCCUACGAUGGCAUGGAUACCAGCUCUACGGUGUCAACCGGCUCCACAGCUGAGAAUUCCAAUCCUCUCUACGAGUCUCAGGAGCUGACCAUCGAGAUGUUCCAGGACGAUGGGGAAGACGAGGAAGAAAAGAAGGAGAAGGUGACCAAGAAGAGCCGUAAGCCGGUAAAGGCCCCGCCCCUCACCAUACCCGGCCCUGUCGUUAAGAGGAGCGAUGGAUUGUACGACUCACAGGAGAUUGAGAUUGAGAUGUAUGAUGAGCUUGAUGACCCUGGGUCGGACAGAGACAGUAACGUGGACCUGAUACGAAGCUCCACCCCCAGUAGCGGCCUCGCUGGCAAAAGGGGCGGCAAGGGACGGGCCCACUAUUCUAGAGACGACGAACUCUUAGACGCAGCCGUGGGGGGUCGUCACGGGAGGUCUUACUUCUAACACUUCAUGAAAAAGAGUUUUACAUUGUGCUUUAGCUGUAACUAUAUUGUCCAUAAACUACAUGACAUUGUAUAUAGUUCACUGUCCACUAUGUUACCAUAAUAGUCAGUAGAUCUAUAAUUAUUUAUAGCUAUAUAUAUAUAUAUAUUUAUACAAUUUUUGUAGUACAACACAUCAAAAUCUAUCGUUUGAACUUUAAUGUGUAUUUUUAUAGUCAGA